UUUUGAGUCUAGACAGUUGAAAACUGCGGUACAACUAUCUCUGAUUCCAAACUGCUCUUGAACGAUAAGAGAUAGCUCUAGAAAGCUCUAAACAGCUCUAGAAAAACUCUCAACUCUAGAGUACUUUUAAGUAUAUAUAAGUCAUUGUGAAUUUGACCUACAGUGGAUGUAACAGCUCUAGAAAUCUCCCAACAGUUUUAGAAGUUUUCAAACCGCAGGCAAGCUCUAGAACAGCUCUAGGACAUUUGUAAUCAGUUCUAGGCAACUUUAGAACUAAAUUCAAUCUUCAUAGAAGUUUGAAGUCAGUUCUUUAUGGACUUUGAAUGAACGACCAAUGAAAAAACUGGAUUAAAACAGAAUGAAUUUGAUCUGAAGACAUAUGCUACACAAUAAAGUUGAAGAGGAGAAGAAGAAUAAUAAUAAUUGAGACGGAGAAAGUUAUAGGGGAACCUGAAGACAGUAGAGGAAAAGUGAAAGAAAACAGAGAAGAAGAAAGAGAGAAAGGAGAAGGAGAUAUAGGAACAACUAAUGGAAUACUCAUCCAUGCUUUCCAAUAAUAUUCCAUUUUAGACAAUACUGAGAAAACUCUAUCUAGGUAAGAAUCAACGCUAUGAUCCAUUUACAUAAUACUGAAGCUACUCAGAAUAUGUGCUCAACUGAUCAACUUAGGUGAGAAAAUUAUAAUCAUUAAAGCUUUUUACAACAAAUUGUGGAAAUCUCAAGUACUUUGAAGGUUUUAUCAACGAGUCUAGAAGUUUGAAAACAGUUUCACUUCGGAAAAUUUUUCAAAAAUUCAAAGACAAAUAGGACUUUUUAAUUUGGUGCGACAGUUUUCCGGUUCGUGAGACAGUUCGUUUGAAUUUCCCCGAGGAAAAUCACUUGUGACCCCGGAAAAACAAAAGAAAACUCACAAUGGACUAUCUACGUUUGUUUCUACAAUCCAAGAUGAUUUUCUUCCUCAUUGUUCUGCUACAAAGUAUGACGGAGACGCAUGGAGCUUUACCUCUCAAUUCAACUCCGGAAUACAUAAUACCAUGUCAGAAAGCCGAUCCUCAAAUAAAUGCCUGCAUAAGAAAAACAUUCGAUCAUUUGAGACCAUAUCUGGUGGCAGGUAUACCAGAAAUCCGACUACAGUCAAUAGAGCCGAUGGUGAUACCUCGUAUGACAAUGGAGAACGGACAUGGCCCUGUAAGGGUGAGGGCUGUAUUCUCCAAUAUGACCAUCUAUGGAGCCAGUAACUACAGUGUGUAUUCUGUCAAGAGUGACCUGAGCAAGCUAAGGAUUGACCUGGGCCUAGGGGUUCCCCGAAUUGAGGCGACAGGCAGCUAUGACGUAAACGGCAACGUUCUACUCUUCCCUGUGCGCAGUAAAGGCGAUUUCUGGGUCUCAUUUGCCAACAUUACUGGUAUUGGCAAAAUCUACGGUGCAGAGGUGAAAAAGAACGGAGUGGUCUUCAUGAAGACUGAACGACUGGGCAUUGAUUUUAAGCUGGGAAAAUCAAGAUUCAAAAUCAAGGAUGUACUUAACAACAAUAAUGUUCUCAGUGAAGCAAUGAACCAAUUUCUGAACCAGAACGCUAACGAAAUCAUCGAAGAAAUGAAACCAGCCGCGGCUCAAGCGAUUAGUCGUCAUUUUAAAAAUUUCCUCAACAGUGCUUUCCUGCAAAUUCCUCUUAAAGUGUGGCUAACAGAUUUGUGAAGAUCUACAACAUUUAUGAAUAAUACAGAGUGAAAGACAUUAAAUAUAGGUUGUUGUCAUGAAGAGUUUUCAGCACAAAAGUGUAGAAAACAAAUUAAUUGAUCCAACUCAUUGACAGGUUUAUAAAAUAAAUAAGAGAACAAAAAUUUGAUGAAAUUAAAGAAGUAGAUAGCAGAAAAACUGGAAAAUUCAUCCAAUAAAUAUUGGUUUUGAAAGAAGAAGAAUAAUUUUAUUCCUUCAUUGCAUAACAAUGCUAUCGGAAACGUCAAUUUGAUAAUAAUACCGUACAUAACUUCAGGUUUCAAUCUCACAACAGUAAAAUUUACAUAAUAUAAUAAUUCAUCUAUGCAAGGUAUCAUUGAAUAAAAUGAAGAAUAUACAGUACUUUGAAAAGGAUAAAGUCAUAAAGAUUUUUCACCGUUAUUAAAGUGUGAGAGAGAAGGGUUAUUUUUUAAAUGGAAAUAAAAAAUAUAAUAAAUUUAUUUAUAUGAAACUAAAUUAGGAAAUCAAAAAAGUUUUGGGCAAUAGCCAGUUUUUAUCUUUUCCGAGCAUUGUAUUGUUUGUGCUAACCUAAUAAAUAAAUAAAUGAAAAAGCAAAUAUUUUAGUGAAGACAGGUAUUUUAUUGAAUAACUUAAUAAACCGGGAAUAAUUUUAGAAGUAAGCUGAAGCAAACAAAUAACUUACGAUACCUAUUGCAAGUUAAUUUGAAUAGUUUUUCAACAAAAUUCCAAUUUUUGUAAACUUUUUAUCAAUUUUCUAUAAAUUGUGAUCUCAUUACUGUCAACUGAGUGCAACUUUGUUUUUUAAUGAUUUGAUAACUUGAAAAUCUUGUUCUUUGAAAGUACUGUUUCUAUUAGCUACAUUGGUAAGAAGAGCAGCAUUAUAUAGGCCUAAUUUUAAUGAAACUUAAAAUUUUAUAAUUUAUUUCUCAUCACAUGGAUGCGUAGAAAUGAAAUGUUGAAUACCGUAGUUCAUGAACCGUUUUUGCUUCUCAUAUACGCAGGAUGUUAAUAUUGCACUAAAAAUUUCUUCAAGUUCAAAAGAAACACGUUGAGAAGCGUACAAAGGACAAAUAAUAACGAACAAAAUAAAUUAGUGAAAAUUAAACCUACUCAAAAUACUAAAAAACAACUGAAAAUUCUAUUGAAUGAAUCACAAAAAUGAUUUUUUGAACUCUAAACAUUCACUCGAACGAAUUACCGUAUUCUUGUUACAGUAUUAUUUUAGUGUUAUAUUAUUGUUUUACUCACUUAUUAUUAAAAAUACAAUGUCUUUGUUGUCUUAUUUUCUAGACACUUUCUAGUUUAUCUCAUAAUGAAUAAUUUAAUGUAAGUACUUUUUAGUUUAGUAAGAUCACUCAUAGAAUGGAAAAAAUGGGUAUCACACUACUGUACUUAUUGUUCUGAAGACUUCUAUUUUUAUUUAAUAGCUCCAAUAUUUUAAGUCUCUAGAUAAUCACAUUAUGUAGUUUUAUCAUUGUUUGUUAUGUAAGUACAGUACUUAUUUCAGUUUACACUGAUCAUUUUUAUUUAGAUACUGUAAUAGUUUCCUCUCGUAAAAUUUACAGUUUUACUGGAAUAAAAAUAUAGUACAUGA